UUUCUGAUCGAACGCGAGCGGGACCCGGAGCCUGCAGCCCAGCAGCAGCGCGGCGGCUCCGGCGUCGUCCUAACUUGUACGCGCGGAGUGACCCCAGACAUUUCACUAAAAUGAACGUGCUUAGCAGGAAGAGAUGUGUUCCUUACACUAGAAAUUACCCCGUCACAUGUAGUGGUGUCCCAAUUAAUGGAUUCUGACAUGGAUUAUGAAAGACCAAACGUAGAGACCAUCAAGUGCGUGGUGGUGGGGGACAACGCCGUGGGCAAGACCAGGCUCAUCUGUGCCCGGGCUUGCAAUGCCACCCUCACUCAAUACCAGCUGCUUGCCACCCAUGUGCCCACAGUGUGGGCCAUCGACCAGUAUCGUGUUUGCCAGGAGGUGCUGGAACGCUCCCGAGAUGUGGUAGAUGACGUCAGCGUCUCCUUGCGCCUCUGGGACACCUUUGGAGACCACCAUAAAGAUCGCCGCUUUGCUUAUGGGAGAUCAGAUGUGGUGGUUUUGUGCUUCUCCAUUGCCAACCCCAAUUCCCUCCACCAUGUCAAGACCAUGUGGUACCCAGAAAUUAAGCACUUCUGCCCCCGAGCACCUGUCAUCCUGGUGGGUUGCCAGCUGGACCUGCGCUAUGCCGACCUGGAGGCUGUCAACAGGGCCAGGAGGCCCUUGGCCAGGCCCAUCAAGCCCAAUGAGAUCCUUCCUCCGGAGAAAGGCCGGGAGGUGGCUAAGGAGCUGGGUAUCCCUUAUUAUGAGACCAGCGUGGUGGCUCAGUUUGGCAUCAAGGACGUCUUUGACAAUGCCAUUCGUGCUGCGCUCAUCUCCCGCCGCCACCUGCAGUUCUGGAAGUCCCACCUCCGCAAUGUGCAGCGGCCUCUGCUGCAGGCACCCUUCCUGCCCCCCAAGCCCCCGCCCCCCAUCAUCGUGGUGCCCGACCCCCCCUCCAGCAGUGAGGAGUGCCCCGCCCACCUCCUGGAGGACCCGCUCUGCGCGGACGUCAUCCUGGUGCUGCAGGAGCGGGUGCGCAUCUUUGCCCACAAGAUCUACCUCUCCACCUCCUCCUCUAAGUUCUACGACCUGUUUCUCAUGGACCUGAGCGAGGGGGAGCUGGGGGGCCCCUCGGGGCCAGGGGGGGCUCGCCCAGAGGACCACCGGGGCCACCCUGAUCAACACCACCACCAUCACCACCACCACCACGGGCGGGACUUUCUGCUUCGGGCAGCCAGCUUUGAUGUGUGUGAGAGCGUGGACGAGGCUGGGGGCUCUGGUCCUGCCGGCCUGCGGGCUUCAACCAGUGACGGGAUCUUAAGGGGCAAUGGAACAGGGUACCUGCCCGGCAGGGGUCGUGUGCUAUCUUCCUGGAGCCGAGCUUUUGUGAGCAUCCAGGAAGAGAUGGCAGAGGAUCCUCUGACAUACAAAUCCCGGCUGAUGGUGGUGGUGAAGAUGGACAACUCCAUCCAGCCAGGGCCCUUCCGAGCAGUUCUCAAGUACCUGUACACUGGGGAGCUGGGUGAGAACGAGCGGGACCUCAUGCACAUUGCCCACAUUGCUGAGCUGCUGGAGGUCUUCGAUCUGCGCAUGAUGGUGGCCAACAUCCUCAACAAUGAGGCCUUCAUGAACCAGGAGAUCACCAAGGCCUUCCAUGUUCGCCGCACCAACCGAAUUAAGGAGUGCUUGGCCAAAGGCACCUUUUCAGACGUGACCUUCAUCCUGGAUGACGGCACCAUCAGUGCCCACAAGCCCCUGUUGAUUUCCAGCUGUGACUGGAUGGCUGCCAUGUUUGGGGGGCCGUUUGUGGAGAGUUCCACCAGGGAGGUGGUGUUCCCUUACACGAGCAAGAGCUGCAUGAGGGCGGUGCUGGAGUACCUCUACACGGGCAUGUUCACCUCCAGUCCGGACCUGGACGACAUGAAGCUCAUCAUCCUGGCCAACCGCCUCUGCCUGCCGCACCUGGUUGCCCUCACAGAGCAGUACACAGUGACGGGGCUGAUGGAAGCAACUCAGAUGAUGGUGGACAUCGAUGGGGACGUCCUUGUGUUCUUGGAACUGGCUCAGUUCCACUGUGCGUACCAGUUGGCCGACUGGUGUCUCCACCACAUCUGCACCAACUACAACAACGUGUGCCGCAAGUUCCCCCGAGACAUGAAGGCUAUGUCCCCAGAGAACCAAGAGUACUUCGAGAAGCACCGGUGGCCCCCGGUGUGGUACCUGAAGGAGGAGGACCACUAUCAGAGGGCGCGGAAGGAGCGGGAGAAGGAGGACUAUCUGCACCUGAAGCGGCAGCCCAAGCGGCGGUGGCUGUUCUGGAACAGUCCCUCCUCACCGUCCUCCUCUGCAGCCAACUCAUCCUCCCCAUCGUCAUCCUCGGCUGUGGUCUGAGAUGCUGCCACCCUCUUCUGACCCUGCUGCUGUUGUCCCCAUUUGCCCUUGUCCCUCUGCUCUUCUGCAUCACCCCUGCCACCCACCAGGGACAAGGGGACCCACCUCACCAGGACCCUAAGGGCAGAGCUGUUCUCACCAGCCAACAUAGCUCAGCCAGAGAGGAGCCAGGCCCUGCUGGCAGGUCCCCAGUUCCAAGGCAAGACAGGAGACACCUUCCGGGAGGCAGGAAGCAGGGGAAGAGCCAAGAGCUCUGGCGUUUUCUCCCUGGGGUCAAGAACCCUAGAGUCAAGGGGAAAGCCUCCCAGCACAAGGGCUUGCCUGCGUGUCUGGGUCUCUGCUCUGGCUGGGGAGGCAGCCCCCUUCCCAGAGAGCAGCCAGGGUCCUGCUCCAUGGGCCACAUCUUCCCAACAGACUAGAUGGUUGCAAAUGUUUUGUGGGAUUUCCACAUGAAGCCUACUCAGAUCCUCACUGGAGAAGUCAGGGUAGAAAUUAAGCCUUCAGAGCUCAACUCAAGGCUUCUACAUCCUGGGCUGCAGCUGCAAGAGGCCACACAUGGAAAAGCUGGCAUUCUGCAUCCCUCCCAGGUUGCAGGCAAUGAGGCCUGAUUUGUGGGUGGCAGAGGUAGCUCAGAGCUCCAGGCCUGGAGGCAGUGCCCCUUCUGUACUCCUCAGAUGGAAACCAAAGGAAACAACUGGAUUGGGAGAGGAGGGAGGAGUGGGGUCUGUGUGCAGCAAUCCCAUGCUCCUCUGGGCCCCUUCCCCUGCCUCUUGGGUAGUACUGCUUUUUAUGGGGGUGGGGCAAAAUUAGCAAAAAAAACCCACAACAAACCCCAAACAAACAAGAACCAACUCAAAAGGAAUUCACCACCAACAAAAAAACACUAGCCUCUAUUUCCCCAAAGAAUGGAAAUGAGAAAAAGACCCUAUAUAGCUUACAUUUUUAUAAAGCCAAACAGAGGCCCCAUGGCUAGGAGAUGGAGGCUCAGUAUACCUUCAACUCUGAUGCCUUUUGGGAAGGGCUCCUUGCCUGCUGUGGCUGAGAUGUCCUGGGUCUGCCCAACAGCCCUCGGGGCAGCCCGGCUCCUGGGCUGCUGCUUGCUGGUGACUGAGGUUGUGAGGAUUGAGGGGAGGGCUUUGGCCUCAGGACGUAGCCGUAUUGGACCCUGCCUUUGCCCAUCUCGAGGAUGUAGACUGCCCUCACCUCUGAGGGUGAUCCCGCAGGAUGCUUAUGGAUUCUGUGUUUGGCGGACUUAGGACAAGGGUCAAUGUCAACAAAAGACACAGUUGGAGAACAACAGUCCCAUGUAAUGAAGGAUCAUGGGACAUAAAGCCCUACCUAGUGCUGGUUUAGGAUGAAGGGAGGAUUGAACAGAAGGAAAAGCAAGGUUCAUCUAGAAAGGAAGGAUGAGACUGGGGAUUAAAACAGCUUGUGGCCCCUACACCCUUUUUAAUGCUAUGAGGUGGGUCCUGAUGAGGAAUUGCAGAGCCAGGAGGCAGUGAGUUGAGAGCUACGGCGUCCCCUGAGAAAGAUGCUUCAGGGAGAGGGACUGGCUAGGUCCCAGGGACCUGGGGUGAGGCAGUUAGGUCUGGGAUAGAGCAAACCCAGAAACCCAGGCAAUCCUGCAAUGAUUGUGCGGUGCCAAGACCUAGAGCUCUGAGGUUAGUCCUUGUCGAGACGAGAGGCCCAGGUAGGGGCAGGUCUAGAGUGGGGUGAACCCAUGGUGUCUGAGCCUUACCUUCCAAAGUUGUGACUGCCUCCCUCCAGUCCUCCUGGUUAGCUGGCUGGAAGCCAGUCGUGUGCUGCCCUCUGCUGGCUAUCCAACCUCCCUGCACCCCAGCUCUGCCCACAGCUUCAAGGGUGAGGCUGAGGUGGGGGAAGGGGGCAUCCAGAAGAGGACCUGUGCAGCCUCGGCAGCAUCCUUGUGGCAGGGGAACAGAGAUGGGGACACAUGUCCUGAGAUCUAGGUGAGAGGGAGAGCUCAGUUCUAAAGAGGAGGGGGCAAUGGGUCUCCCAGGUGCUUGCAGGGCUGAGGAACCUAGAGCCAGAGAGGAAAGGCCAUUGGGGAAAGUGAAGGCCGAGAAGGAGUAGAGGGCAGCCCACAGGAGAGUGGCCACAGAAUUCCCUCAGCACCCAGGGCCAGCUCACCCCUCAGGGACCCGCCACCCUUGACCCUCAGCUCUCUUAGGGCCGCUCUGCCCCACACAGAGCCCUGCAGCCCAGAGAAACCACCUUGGGAGGCUGUGGGUGCGCCAGAUCAGAGCAGAUGUCCCUGUCCCCAGAGGGAAGGGCAGGUGGGGGGAAGGAGGAGGUGCUGAAUUUCAGCCCCCCAGGAACCGCCCCUCUGGAUCCCAGGGAGGCAGUAGAAAACACCCCCCCACACACACACACACAGGGUGAGCCCAGAGAAUAAAGGGGAGAAAGCAGGACACGGGUUACAUGGGGGCAAGACAUUUCCCCAGACUCGGGUCCCUCAGAGCUGGUUCAGAGACGGAGAGGAUGGGGGCAAAAAACAAAAACCACACCUCUUUUUAUAUAAGGUUUCAUAUUUAAUUUGGUCAUGAAUUCAUAAAUACAUGAGUAUUUUGUACCUGA